CUCAGGGAAGUCGUAGGUCCAACCCGAAUCGACUAACAUCGUCAUCGUUACAAAGUAACGCGAACGAGCUCCAUGCUGUAUUUUGUUUCAUUGCUUUCAAAGAUCUGUUUAGGGUGAAAAGCUACGUCUUAGUAAGAGCUGAGGGUCCAUCAAGAUGUGAAGGUUAUCAUCUAAGAUCUACAACCAUUUUCCACGACCUCAAAUGAUUGGUUGCAUUGCUUCUUCAUGAUAGCUGGUAACCAGCGAGGACCAGGCGGACCAAUACAUAGGAGCAGAAAAACAAAAUGGCUGCUGCUAAUGUGAGGGGCGCGGCCGUCGUGGCCGCGUACACGAAUUUCGACCAAGGGCGGCGAAACGCAGUGAAUGACGCAUCGCGAACCGAGUUAAUCGACAUUGUGGACUUGUACAGGGAGUUGAAUGUUGACACCGAGGCAGCGACAUUCACAGGCCAGCGACGUACGUUUGACGGGUAUCUUCGGUCAACGGAGAAGGCAGGCAAGAUACCGCAUCGGGAGACGCCUGGGAAGGGCAUGCCCUGGAAGUGGACUCCAGGGACGGACCUGGACAAUGUCCGGGCACUCCUGAUCCACCGCUUCAUUUAAGGACUACAACCACAUUGCAUUCUUCACAACUACCGUUCUUAAGGAUUCUUUUUCCGCCGGGCGGAGGAUGGUCUGAAGAAUGCAAAAAUGUCGCAGCUCCUAACUCAUCCAGAGAAAACCGAUCCAGGCUCUGGACCUGUCAUCUGUUGGGCCUGCGCUAGCCGACUCUGUGUUCGAGGCUGCAGCGAAAGCGAAGGCAGCUGCAGCACCCAAAAAGAGAAUACGCGAUAAGAAGAAGAAGAAACAGGACUCCGCGGAGGGUGAAGCAGGAGGGGCAGAUCAGAACAAGAACAAGAAACACGCAGAAGCAGCGUCUAGCUCGAACAAAAACAAGCAGGGAGCAGCAGACAAGAAGAACAACAUCAGAGCGAAGAACUCCAAUAAGGGAGAUGGUGACGGGGAAAGUAGUAGUUCUUUGGAUGUUUCAAGUAGUAGUUCAGGCGACUCCUCUCCAGAACGAGCUGGUCCUGGUGGGAAGCGACCUGUCAAGGCGAUGAAGAAGGGUGCAGACGAGGAUACGUCAGAUUCGUCUUCUUCAGAUUCUAGUGACGACGAGCAACCAAGGACAAAACGACAGCGCGCACCUGAUGGCAAGGCAGUGAGACCAAUGGCGAAAGUAGCGGCCAACGGGAAAGCUACGGCUUCUUCUGCAUUCCUCCGACAACAACAAUUGAAAAACAAAACAGCGACGUCUUCGUCUAGUGCGACUUCUUCCUCGCUUGCACUUGCUCAAAAACAAAACUUACAAGUUCUAAAACAAAUCAACGAGAUGUCGCCUACUUCUCAAAACCUGCUGGUCACGGGAUCAGACGGGGUGACGCAGGUUAUGAAGACAGUGAAGCCCCCUCCCAAACCUAGUAAAGCAGUGAACUCUGCUGGAGGAGCUCAAAGUACCGCGCAGCGAACUCUGGAGGCUUUGCGCAAAAAGCUCAAAGAGCAAGCCGCAGACGAAGCAGAACGAUAUGAAGCAAAGAAGCAGCCCGCGUUCUGCCACCUCGAGGAUCAAGAAAGAUUUUUGAGCCAGUCCGAGAAUAGAGUGUAUCUAGUUCUUGUUACUACUGUCAUUAUUUCUGCACGUUGUUAAAAUUAUCGAAAUAUGAAGAGCUUAGUUGUGACCUUCUGGAAUUUGGACUGUACUGCAGUUUUCAUUGCUGAGGAUGUUUUAUAUUUUUGACCGACAUUCGAAUUGAUGAGAAUGUAACACCUCUAGACUACUAGGUACAAUUAAAUCAUUAUCAUCAUCACACCAAUAUUGCAUCUCAUUCUCUCGUUCCCCUUUGUACUUUUCUACACCUAUCAACAGGAUUUAUCAAGUUUGCGACAACGUUCCAGUCCAACAUCCUGACCUAGCCGUUUGCAGCGCCAGAGGCUGUAUUCUGCUUGGCAAGGGUAUGUUCGGCAAUGUGUAUCGGGCACGAAAAUACUGGCAGGGUGAGGCACGACCGCCAGAGGCGAAGGCGAUCAAGAUCUCUCGUUCCAUGGAUGCCGCUGACUUCAGGGCGCGCGUGAUGAAGGAGCGCGAUCGCAUGGCAGAGAUCAGGAGCCUUGCGGACGCAGAUGCAGCAGUCGAGGAAAAGGAGAUGGCACCAGUGCAGGCGCUAGUCAACAAGCAGCAGGCGUUGGUAGACAACCAAAAAGAGGCGCUGAAAGCCCUGAUGUCGCGAACAACGUUAUCGACAGAAACAACGUUAUCGACAGAAACUACGACCGCAGGACCAACGUCGAAUCCUUCUCCGAAUGCAUUAAGAGGAGAAAAUGUGGAAUCUACGACGACUUUUUCUGGCAGUACCAACGAGAACGGGAGCACAGCUGCGAAUGGCACGACCACGACAUCUCGUACAAAGAGUGAAGCCUCCACUUCUACCAAUACAACAAGUGACGUUACUGCCACUACUAAUAGCUCCAUAUCCAUUGAUACCACUAAGAUAGGAGUAGCCCUUCAAGAGGCUCAGAAGGAGCUUCUUCGGCUGCAGCGGGAGCAGCUCAAGUUGCAACAGCGUCAUGGCCUUUGGCGGCACUUGUGUUUGAUGACGGAGCAAAUGGUCAUCCAGGUGGACUGGCGGAGCCGUAGGCGUGAGCACUUGGUGCAGAUCAUGGAUCGCGCCAGCUUGAGCUUGCUCGAGGGCCUCCAACGGUUCCAACGCGAGAGCGUUUACUGGGAGGACUAUCGACCGGGCUUUUUGAGUAGGAGCUACUUCGGUGCGCUCGACGACUUGAAUGCGCAGUACAUGGGUGAGGAUAUGCCGAAAGUCGAGUACACAGAUGCAACGCAGUUGGACAUUCUGGGCUCGAACAAGUACGCUUCGCGUCGCCGUGUACGCGAAAGAGCAGAAUUGAAGGCGAAAAUCAAGGGCACAACGAACCGGGACCUAGCAACCUGGACAAACGAGGACGAAGCGAGCCUGAACAAGCCAAUGAUGGGUGGCUUACCCUGGAACUGGGUGCUUCGCUACAUGCGCUCUUUUGCACGAGGGCUUGCCUGGAUGCACGAAAAAGGCAUCGUUCACGCAGACCUGAAGCCAGCAAAUCUACUGCUUUUCCCCACAAUCAAUAGCGGAUCUUACGCUACACGAGAAAACCUGAAGCGAUUCCUUUCAUAUGCGGUACUCUUGAUACAGCAUUUCCAUUCUCACACUUUUUGAGUAGGAAAAGUAGAACAGUUGGAUACAAAUUAUAGACUUUUUUUGGGUCUGCGAAGUUUGAUACUUUCUUUGUUGAUGAUCUGCACUUUUAUUGAUUCUCACCCUACCUCGUCUUUUGCAGGACCUCCGCAUUGGUGAUUUCGGAGAGGUGCGCACUCCACCCUUUCUGGUCGGUUCCCGAUUAAAGGCAGACCAUGUUGCAAAAGGCACAAAAGUGGAAGCAAACGUGCAGACCCCCUUUUACCGUUCUCCAGAAUGCUAUUUGGGUUGCGGCAAGGUCGGAACCGCGAUUGAUGUGUGGUCUUUCGGCGAAAUUGUGCAUGAAAUGUUGACGGGCGAGCGUUUGUUCGCUUGGUCGCCUCCGGCUAACGUGGUCAACCCUCGAACAGGUCGUAAGGAACGCGUGCAGCAUCCUCAACGGCUAGACAAGGACUGGCAACUCGAGACGUUUGAGACGCGCACUGGCGCGGCUUGCAAUCCCUCGAUCGAGUUCUGCAGCCUGCAACUGUUCGAGAUGCAGUGCGAAUUAGGAGCGGUGCCGCCGUCGCUUCUGAAGCAGGCAGUGUCGGUGGAGAGCAAACAUGUGCGAGAGCUCUAUGGCCGUAUUGUUGGACAGCGAAAGUACCGUGUUACCUCGCAAUACCGUUUGGACAUGGCCAAGUGCACCUACGACGUCGUUUUUGAGCAGUUCUGUACUGCGUUUUUCGAUAAGGUGCGGCGCGAGCGAAACCGCACAGGAGCGCUUCUAUGGUCUCCGUUGACGCCGGACCGGCUACCCAAUAUUGCAGACGCAGACGACAAUGCUACAGAAGUGGAGGAGGUGGAUGAAGGUGGAGAAAAUGCUGGUCCUGAGCAGCAGGGCCUCCUCCGUGCGGAUUCUGUUGGCGUGAGCGCUGUAGCAGCGGCUGCGCUGGUAGUGGAUGGCGAAGAGGCGGGCGCAGCACUAUUGAUGGGCGGCAAUGCGAACCCAGGCGAGGCAAUCCUCGACAACGUCGCAGCAGGCGCCGACGCGGGAGCAGAAGACCGCGCGGUCGAGCAGCCGUCCGCGACGGAUGAGACCAAUGGCGAAAGCCCUGACGAUCAGCACCAGAACGGUGGUGCCAGUGACGAUCCGCAGGACGGUGGUGAACUUCCUGGCCCAGAUGAAGAGGAGGAAGAGGAGGAGAAGCCCCCAGCAGGCGCCCCGCCUGUGUCUCCAGAUGGAGGCGAGGCAGGUGAUGGCGAAAAGCCUCCGCAGUCUGAAGAGAGUCCCGGCGAAGGAGAUGGCAAUGCUCCAGCAAAUAGAGUGAAUCAUGACAACGGCGAAGACGAUGUCGAGGUCGAGACCAAGCUGGUUCCGACCUUCCCCACCCUACUCGAGCGAGCGAAAGAACGCGCCGAGCGAGCUGAGGCCCUCAUCCUAGCUGCCUUGACCUGGCAACCAGACGACCGCAUCACGAUGGCGGACGCGCUUCGUCAUCCCUACUUCAGCCCCGACGCACCACCGAAACAUCAAAAAUAUAUACAGGUUGGAAAACCGAAGAAGAAGUCAUCGGAAAAGAAGUUAGCCACUCAGUAGCCAAUCAGAUAGAUUAUAGCUGGCAGAGCCCUUCUUCUUCUUCUUUCUCACCGGAAAAAAGGGUAGUAGAAGUGAUUUGGCACUAAUUUUUUAUUGAAAAUAUGGAGAGGCUUUGAUCCCCACAGCUACAGGCUGAAACUUGUUGGAGAAUGUGGGUGGCAGCAGUCAUGAUGGCCACUUCUUCCCACAAUCAUACAUUUGGGAGACUAGUCAUGCACAAGAUUUAUUUUGCGUUUCUUGAUACUUUAUCAUCUACAGCAAAUCAUGGCGCAUGCAGCUCCUAUUCGCUGCUAGAGAACAAUGUAAGUACAGCAAUCCCUUUAUACAUGUAACAUGGCUUCUAUACUUAUGAUACUCAAAUUUAGUGAAUCCCCAGCUAACUUCCCAUUCUGUUCACCCCAUUGUCCCCCUUCUUCUAUUGCACUAUGUAUACCCAUCGUGAAGCCCACGACAUCCACGACCCAACAAGAUGAACGAAGUGUAUCUGCGAUGCUGUUAAAAAGCUACCUCUAAAAACAUUGAGAUGCAUUGAGACCACCGAGAACUGCAAAGAUGCGUCUGCGGAGGACACCUUUAUUUUUGUGGUCUAACAGCACUGAACGUAGCUAUUUUAGCUGAAUAUACACUCAGAAGGAGCAUAUCUACACUGAAUGUAGCCAUUUUAGCUCAGAAGGAACACAUCUACACUCAGUCGGUUAUCCUCGGCAUUUUUUUGUGAUUGAAAAAAUACUCAGCCAGUAAUUACAUGGUCUGGAG